AUGAAGCAUGACCCACGUUCAGCAAAGCUGAAAGAGAAGCGCUCAGCUCCUAAUCUCAGGACCAAAAGAAGUGCCAUCAAUAUUCCUGCCAGCGGCAAAGGGCGUAAGGUAAUCAAGGAAAGCUAUGUGCCAGGGGUUAGGAGCAGAGCAUCAGCACCGAACUUGAAGCAAGCUGCAGAGGAGUUGCCUCCUAACCCCCCCUCCCCUCCCAGCGAGGGCCCCGGGAGUCAGACCAACAAAUCGAAUGAUAAGCAGGAUGGAGUGUCUCAGCCGAAGGAAAUCCCACGAUUUAUGUUGCUCACUGAGACCAAGAUUAAGCCUGUUGAGUAUCGGCCACCGCGCCAAUACACAGGUCCUCCUAUUCCUAAGAUCAUGGGGAUUGAACCGAUAUUCUUCCGACCAAAACCGGUUGAGAUCAAGAAAGAGUCACGGAAAGAGAGAAUCCUGAAGGAGAUCAGAAAGAGGUAUCAGGUCAGGAAAGCUCGUGUGAGAGGUGUUGUGAAGAAUCUUAGGAAUAUCAGAGCGCUCAGGACGUUACAUGCACUGAAGGCCUCUGUGAAGGCAAUGCGUAAGGAUGCGCAAGAAAGGAUUCUCGAGGUACGUGUUGUCAAGGACGUUUGUUGGAGCACCAUCACACUCUGGGACUGUCGACGAUACUCUGAGAUCUCAGUAUACAGCCGGGCAGCUGAUUCUCCGAAGCUCGCAGAGCUUUUCGCAGAGGCUGGCACUAGUACGCAGGUCGAAGACGGACCUGGCCCUACAAUAGUGAAUGAAGACGAGGACUGCACAGUGCGCCAGUCCCUGUUGUAUUUCUCAGAUGUGGCCUCUCUUAUUCAAACACAACCAAAUUUCAGAAGUUCUGGCGAAGGCAUCACCCAAACUGAAUCUUCCGCAACUUCUUCCUCUUUCCUUCAGCGCCAGAAUAGUCGUCCACUCUCACUCUCUUCAUCCAUACUUCAAUAUCACACUUUGCCCAAUAGCCUCGACGAGGUUUCCCCUCGAUCUUCUUUCUCAGAUACAUCUUCCGAUUUAACUAUCACUCCACUUCGAAUCCAGAAAAAAGCCUGGAUGCCACCUGGACCAGGUUCUGCGUCAAAGGAUCCCUUUGUUGAUUCUUCGACUGGGGGCAACCACACCGCAGGCAACCUUGAUAACAUGUCUCAGUUUCAAGUCUCUGAAGACACAAACACCAACGAAGAUACACCUCGACACGCCAGUCAUGAAACUUGUAUCCCUGCCCCAGCUUCCCAGAAGGUGGGUGCUGGAGGUAACCAACAGAAAGGCGCGCGAGUGACUUCUGAGCACCGUAGCUCAAUCCCCGUCGCGGUCCGAAAGGUUGGCACGGAGCAUCAGAACAUGCCUGAAGGUGGCUCUAUUGGACACGAGGCUGCUAAAACCCAUGCCACUGAAAGUACACGCAGGCCUCAUGUGUCGCCUUUCCAGCACCAAAUUGACACUCUGUGGGGGUUCAUACCCGAUGAAGACAUAGCAAAUGAGGUUUCCCGCUACUCAUCCACAUCAUCCUCCAGUAGCGACUGGGAUGGUGAUCAGGAUGACGCCGACGAGCUGGAGAGGCCCAGCGGUUACACUGGCGAUAAUCUUCGGCCAUUCGAGCGAUCUGCUCAACGCUUCUACGGACCACGUCUGCAGAUCGCGGCGUCGGCGGAAAAUGUUAUCAUGGGCACCCCGAAGCUUUCUUCGAGAUCGUCUCCUGAUCUCAAAAGAGACGUCCCUCGUACUGCUACACAGAGUAGCCCCCACAACGCACGCCUCGGUGAGCAGGGUUCCAGAUCGGUUGAAGGAGGUCAGGAAGCAAAGGUCAGCCCUGCUGGAACCCCUGAAGCUUCUCGGAACUUUUGUCGCCCUCGGCCUUCUCUUGAGAAUAACUCCAGAAGGGACUUCAGCGGACGUGACCUUUCUAUUCCACGAAAGCCUGUUGGUAGCCCAAGCCUCAUCGAUCUCCACAAUCCCAGUUUGAAUGAUCUUCCGUCUCAGUACGUGGUACCUACUGUGCCUAAGCUUCCCGAUGGCCACAAUGCGUUCUUGCGCAAGGACAAACCUUUGCCUGAACUGAAAGCUGCGAGGGUUAAGGGGGCAGCAGCCGCUAGCGGCCCGCACCCAACUCAAACGUCCUCACUACAGUCGGUUCCCGCUAGCCACGGAGAGUCUGCCGUGACUACUCCUAGAACUCCCAAUAUACCAAAUCCUGGCGGCACAACAGAUUUGGAACACACUGUGACCUUCGACCAUAUCGUGCUCGAAAAUAAACAUAGCGCACAGCGCGGAAAAGGCAAGUUCCCAGACUCGAGGAGCAAUCGCAUGCUUGACGGCUUUCGCAACAUCUUCAAGCAUAAAAAUGCCGCUGAUAAAGCACGUAUCAAGAAUGAAGAGAGCACCGACGCUGCGGUAGAAGAGUCUGCAGUCCAAGCCCAAAGCGGUGCAGCCGAUCGUGCUUGUAAGGAUGAUGGUAAAGUGGAAUCGGCAACGACAGCCUCGAAGUCACGAAUUAGAUCCCCCAGACUGCCCGAACGAGCUGGUUGGAGCAAGGGUGCUCGCAGCAUUAGUGCCCCUAUCCAUGUCUCACCCGGAGCGUUCCCGACUCCUACUUCCUCAUUAUCUUCCAUCCCGGCUCCUUCACCACGUGUCUACGAGGAAUACCAAACCCCCUCGUUUGCUAGGCCUACCAAGUCAACGCGUACUAGAGCGGCCACAAACCUGAGAUUGCAAACGCCUGUUGCUGCAGACAGCCGCUUCCGGAGAACUUCAGCGAUGGCAGCUUCUACUGGCAGCCCGCAGCGCUCGACUCGCGUUUCUCGUCAUCUCAGAUCAGCGACUGGAUCCAAGAAGACAUUACAGGCCAAAAAGAUCGCAGAAGAACAUGCAGCGACCUCCGAGUCUCCAGGGGCUGCUUCUUCCCAGACAACUCAUACAUCAAACACAGAUUGGUUGAAUCUUCCUCAGGAGCAGAAAGAUGAGGAGAUCUCUGCCUUUAUUCCUCGGAUUUUUCGAGAGAUAUGUGAAGAGGCCGACCGGGAUAAGAGAGCAGAGAUGCUUCGGGAAACUCUCUCACUCAAGCAUCAACUGGAUACUGUGAACAACGCGCGUGCGGUUGUUACAGAAGCCGAAGAGACGCUACGCAAAAAAAUGGAAAAGAAAACCGUUGCGGAGAGAGCUCUUUACGAGAGGUUCCUUCAAGCUCGGACCAAAGUCGCCUCUUAG